AUGUCGACUCCCUACCAAGAAGAAGAAAGGUGCUUUGGCGAGUACCGCUGCUCCCAAUGUGGCCGCAGUUGGAUGAGUGCUAACUCUUGGGCUAAUUACGGACAAAAGUGUACUAGAUGCAAUAUCAAUGUCAUGCCUCAUAAACAGAGACCACUUUUGAAACCGGACGGGUUGGACAAGAGUGACCCUAAUAAAGCCCAUCCUCGAGAACUUUGUGGGAAGUGUAAGGCUCUGGGAAGAUUUUGUGGAGAAAGUUUCUAA